AUGGCAGUCCUUCCAACAAACGGCCGCGCGCUAUUCUGUUUAGUAAGCACAGUUCUAUACAUGUACAGAGUGUUGGUGGAAUAUGAUGGUGUCGAUUGGCAACGUCGUGAAUGGGUUGCAGUGUAUUCUCGUAGGACGUUUCGUGUAUUUUUAGUUGAAAGGACUUUAGUUUGGGCUCCUAAAACAUUGGAAAAAUUAGAAGUCAAAUGGCCUGCGUUGACAUUUACACCGCUGUCUACGGAUCUUACACUCCAAGCAGACGCACAACCAGUUGAAUAUCUACACGACAGGCAACUUAGCUUUCUCGACUAUGCUAAUCUUCAACCGUACCAGGAAUGGGACGCGUCAUUAGUAGGUUCGGAAGACGAUUUAGACUCUGCUACAUUAUCAGCCUUGGCUGCGGAGGCUGCAGAAUGGAGAAUAGUUCAAGACGGUCAACGUAUUCUUACAACAACACCGUCUGUGCUCGGUGGAUGUCGAGCACAAGUCUAUAGGGUCGCCGGCGCUACUCAGUGGUACACCGCCGUUAUUGUUGGGGUUAACGAACAUACCGGAGAGCUGACUGUUACGGACGACACAGUACUUGAAGAACAUAGUGAAGAUCCUGCCCUGGUUCAGAUGCGCUUACUUGGGGAUGGAGUUAUAGAGUCCAUUAUGCGGGGAGAAGUUGUUGGUGUAAUGCCUCGGAGAUCUCGCUCUAGCCUCCAAAGGGUUGAGAGGGAAGUCACGAAAAGCCCGGCAACAACAGGCGGCAGGAAGAAAGCCAGUGUUCGCAACAACGGUCAGAUCGCGACCGCUGAGCCUUCGACGCAACCUGCAGCACCAUCACCAGAACGUGAAUCUGUCGAGAUUAAUAAAAAAGGUGUUGCAGAAAGUGUAAGUGCAAGUGGUGAUGUGUUGGAGGUCAGUGACGAAAACAAGUGCGUAAAAGAGGAGGUGAAGGGCGAAGUGUGCGCCAAAAGUGGUGGUGAAGUGAAGAGUGAAGUGAGUGCAGGCGCGGAUGGUGUUGGCAGCGCCGUGGCCUCCGAGGAGGACGACUGUGUGAUAGUGUGCGCUCGCGAUGCGGACGAUCGGUCCGACUCCGGCGUGAGUGGCGUGCGCUCGGGCGGGUCUGCUAGCUCGGUGGAGGAGUGGCGCGGCAUGGCGCACGGCUACGGCGGCGGCCCGCCCCCGCCCCUGCUGCACCUGCCUCCGCCGCCGCCGCACUCGCUCUACGCGAACGAGCUGCUGUGGAAGCAGCGCUAUCAGCCGCCGAUACAUCCGCCGCUGCACCACGCCAUCGCGGAUGAUUAUAUUGCGGCCGCUACAUACGAUAGAGAGAGACAUGAAAGACUGUUACGAGAACGGAGGGAUCAGGAGCAACGAGAGAUGCUGGAAAAGCAACAGAAAGAAAAAGAAAGAGAACGAAUUGAAAGAGAGAGGGAGAGAGAAAAACAAGAACGCGAAGAAAAAGAGCGCAGAGAGCAAGAAAAUGCUGCUUCAAAACUAGUGUCAAGGCAUUUCGAAGAAUCUCUCAGGCUAGCGAAUCAAAAGCGGGAACGUAGUAUGUCGUGGUCGCUGUUGAAUAGUUUGGCCCCAAACCGGGCCGCGGCGGCGAACGAACAUGAUCGAAUGCGGACUGCUGAGCGCGCGUACUACUCUCCGCCGGCCCAUCCGCCGGACCGUUUGUCUCAAUCUGACUAUGCGACGCACACGUCCCACGUGCCCCAUGCGCCGCACGCGCCUCAUUCGCAACACGCUCCUCGCCAUCCUCUCGCCAAAUCUGAUAAACAACCGCAACAUCCCGUCCUUCCCAAAGGCGAACCUAACUUCGCGCCUUACAAUUAUCCACCAUAUAGGUACGAAAAACUUAAAGAUCAACAUCUGCCUGCUCCUCCUCCCCUUGUCCCUGAAAAAAAUUCUGUGAUAGUUAAGCACGAUGCCAAACAAAUCCACUUGGAACAAAAGCAUCCUUAUCCUAGUAAGCCAAGAAGUGAGCCAUCCCCUCACUACCUCCCCUCACGGCCUUACCGAACCGGUUUAUCGCCGCACGCACCACCUCAUCCGCAUCCUGCUCUACAAACUUCGCCUCAUGCUGCAUUGCCAGCGCAAGAUAAAAGUCGAAGACUGUACCAGCCCCAACCACAGAGGUCGCCAGCUGCUUAUUACCAAGCCGCUCCGGCCAAACCGAAGGUCUCGAGUCCGGCACCCCCUCACAUAUAUGGGAAGCCAAGCAGUAACUCCCCGGGUCCUGCACCUUCUCCCCAUUACACUGUUGCCGUGGAACCACCUUUACAAUUAACGAAAGCGGAACCACCGCCUGUACCCUAUCCCCCGCCGUCCGCGUAUUCUCCUGCGACGCGAACGCGACCUCCGCCCGUUGCCCACUCGCGCACACCUGAACCUCGGCCUCCACCGAGGGCGCAUGGCGAUCUUUCUAACGCGUCUUCUCCCUGUCAGACGCAACCUUUAGAUCUCGGUGUUGCGAGGGAGGAUCCGGAGCGUUUAUCACCAAGAAGGCGAUGUACAUUUGAACCGGCUGAAGCAGCAGAUGUUAAGCGCAGGCGAUUAGAUAGCCCCGCGCCUGAACCUCUAAUUGCUGCAGCCGCAAGUGUUGGUCGAACGCCCCUCGGUUCUGAACCAGCUCCACAAGCGCCAGGUCCACCCUGCGAUGUGCAUCACCUGCGCCUCAAAUUACUCCGGCUGCCAGUCCUGCACCUGGAACACCAGUACCCCCCGUUGCUUCGACGCCGCCGAUCAUAUCAGCACCUUUGA